AUGGGGGCAUGUGGCUUUCCAGAGUGUCUGGGUAGCUACAGCUCCUCGAAAGAUGUCGACUAUCAGAGUCAUAAAUAUGCGUUCUGUAAAUGGAUCUGUCAUCUAGCGGUCGUCGUGUAUGUUGGUUACACGCUCCUCUUUGACAAACGCUAUCAGGAGAAGGACAGUGUUAUAAGCUCCGUCCACACUAAAGUGAAGGGGGUGGCACAGACAGACAAAUGGAUCUGGGAUACAGCAGAAUACACUAUACCGAUGCAGGGCGUAGACUCCUUUUUUGUGAUCACCAAUGUCAUUAUUACAGAGAAUCAGGUUCAGAGCAGGUGCGCAGAGUAUCCCUUUGCCAAUAAUUUCUGCUCUUCAGACUCUUCAUGUAUAAAAGACAGUGUGGAUCAGCAGAGUAAUGGAAUUCGAACAGGAAGAUGUGUGAAGUAUAAUGCAACUGUUAAAACCUGUGAGAUCAUAGCAUGGUGCCCUGUGGAAUCUGAGAAAACUGCCCCUGUGCCUGCAGUUCUGGAAAGUGCUGAAAACUUCACAGUACUAAUAAAGAACAACAUCCACUUCCCCAAAUUUGAUUACACCAGACAAAAUAUUCCACAGAAUUUCAAUGCUUCCUGCACAUUCAACAAGAAAACUUCCCCGCUCUGUCCAAUUUUCCGUCUGGGUGAUAUCCUUCAAGCAGCAAACCAGAAUUUUUCUGAGAUGGCAGUUGAGGGGGGAAUCAUUGGCAUUGAGAUCAACUGGGACUGUAACUUGGACUUCAACCGCUGCAGUCUGCAGUAUGGUUUCCGCCGCCUCGAUGACAAAUCAACAAGCAAACAGCCUGGUUUCAACUUCAGAUUUGCAAAGCACUACAAGCAAUCAAAUGGGGUGGAACAGAGAACGCUUAUCAAAGCCUAUGGGAUACGGUUUGAUGUCCUUGUCUUUGGCACAGCUGGAAGAUUUGACUUCAUUGAACUUAUGAUGUACAUUGGGUCCAUGAUCUCCUAUUUUGGCUUGGUGAGAGAUUUAUUUAUUAUGUUUAUGGAGCCACUUCUGGCUACGUUUGUCAUCGAUUUUUAUAUUACUUACUGCAGCUGCUGCAAAUCACCUGUCAGGAUAUAUCACUACAAAAAGAAGUACGAGACUGUGCAGAAUCCAAGACGGGUGAUGUACGUAUCCCACGUUGAUAAGCCACAUGUUGUCUUGAUAAAGGAACCCCUGAAAACAAGCUUGCAGGAUGCUGAAGGCAAGGUCGUUGAGGUAAGGACAUGCACAAACCUUUGGGAUUCCCUCUUCAGGAGCCACCCUGAGAAAUUCUCUGAUUGUGUCGACUGCUGCACCCAUAGAUCCAAUAAGGACUCUGUUACAAACGGAUAUGAUAUGCAGCCUUUCCAUAGGGAAAUGGCCUCCUCCCAGGCCCACCUACUGUGGUGCCACUGUGGGGAAUGCCAGAAUACAAAUAAGCGCCAUGAGCAGCUCUGCUGCCGAAGCAAAGAAGGGGAAUGCAUCACAACGUCCCCGUUAUUUGAGCGACUAGUGCUGUCCAGAGACAACCUGAGAGAUAUCCUUCUCUACAAAGAGCCUUUUCUGGACUUGAACAAUAUGAAUGCCAACGACAAGCUGCGUCGCUGUGCUUUCAAGCAGUACAUUCGCUGGCGCUUUGGCUCUUUCGAUCUGGAAGACAGAGCUGUCAUCCCAAGCUGCUGCAGGUGGAAGAUUAGAAAUAUUUACCCCAAAUGUGGUGGCAACUAUACUGGUUUUAAGGCUAUAUGAGGAUGCUGUA